GAAAGAUGGUGCCGCUGACGGACUUACAGCGGAUCGGCCUGGGGCUGGUCGGCUUCGGCCUCUUCUUCAUCCUCUUUGGGAUGCUCUUGUACUUUGAUUCAGUGCUCCUGGCCUUCGGGAAUAUCCUCUUCCUCUCUGGCUUGGUCUUCAUCAUCGGCUUCAAAAGGACCUUCAACUUCUUCUUCCAAAGGCCAAAACUGAAGGGCACCAGCUUCUUCCUGGGGGGGAUCCUCAUCGUCCUCAUGCGCUGGCCCCUCCUGGGCAUGCUGCUGGAGGCCUAUGGCUUCAUCACCCUCUUCAGGAGUUUUUUCCCGGUGGCUUUUGGAUAUCUGGGCACGUUGGGGAACAUCCCGCUGCUGAGCAAGCUCUUGCAGAAAGUCGGCGACACCGGCUCUGUCGUGUGA